AUGGCCCCCCCCUCUAAAGUUAAUGCCGAACAGAAGGCUUUCCUUGAGAGCCUUAUCGACACGUUCUUGGAAAACCGGAAAAAGAGCACCUUGCACAAGUUCUGGCCGGUGCUUUAUCGACAGUGGUUCGAACGGUAUCCAAUAGUGGAAGAUACCUCCAUCCAGGAUGCUGAGGAAAGGAGGAAGGAUCUAGCGGCGAAGGUAGAGAAGAAGAGGGAAUAUCUCAACCGCUGGUAUCAUAACCACGCAUCAGCAAAAGUUCGGGCCGUUGUUCUCGUCACCCACCAAAAGAAAACUCGCCGUCCCCAACUUGUCCAAAUGUACUGUAAAAAGUACUACUCUUCCCGCAUUAAACCUCUCAUUGUGAAAGAGCUCAACGGCAAAGUACCCACAAGAAAGGAGUUCCUCGCGCUCCUCCAUGUUCACUCAACAGCCGCGUUCGACGAUGAAACCCCCGCAGUGAAAGCUCAAAUGAACGAAGAGUACCAAAAACGGUUGAGCGAGCCAGUAGAAGAGCCGGAGGAAGAAAUUACACCUAGUAGCUACGCUGCGGCGAUAAAGAGCAUUCCGAUUCAUUUUAAUGCCUUCGCCCAAGAGCUGAACUCACGAACUGGGUGGUCUUUUACAUUGUUUGCCGGUGGACCUGAUCCCACAAACGGUGGAAGGAUUAACACUGCCGCCUUUCACUCCUGCGAGAAUAUGGCCGGCCUCUCAUUUUCCGAUGCCACCCCCAACUUCACGUCAAAGCUCGUGACACCAUUUGCGACCUUCCUCCGCACUGUAUAUACUCCCGAGGAUUGUGCGUCACGGGCAUUGAACUCCACCUCCCAGGUCCCUCGUCCCAUUCAACCCCAAUCCGAGCCCAGCUCUCCCGCUGAGAUGCCCCAUUCCGCUGCCUCACCUAUUGCCACAAUCACUUCGAUGGCGCUCACGCUAGGCAACCACGAGGAGACGGAUCUCGACAACGACUUGUGGCAGGAUUUCGACCCGGAACAGGCACUUGCCGAACUAACUCAAACGUCCACAAUUCCGAUUGGCGUCAACGGCUUCGAGGGCCUCGGACCACCAGGGAAAUUCCCAUCCAUGGUUGAAGAGCUAUUUGCGCCAUUGCCCGGACUUCCCUACCACCACCAUGCCCCCCUUGUAACUCCUCCCGUUGCUGCUUUCACACCUCCUACGUUCGGCUCUGCUGCUACCGCGAUCGCCGCCGUUACUGCUCCUACGGUUAGCUCUGCUGCUACCGUACCCGAUACCUCCGCCACAAGUGCUGCUAUCGACCACGUAACUCUGGGUACAAGGGAAGCUACCGCCAACGAACCUACAACUACGGCAGACACCAGCAAAAUGGAGCCUGCACCCACGGCCACUAGUACGACAGACACCAACGGAACGGAGCCUGCAUCCACGGUAGAUGCGAACACGGCAGCUGACGGCGGAGACGCGAACAGUAAGCGUAGUCCCAGGGCUGCCGAAGACCCCGACGUCGUUAUCAAUACCAUGCACGCCCAGAAACCAGCAGCUGCCAAGGAGGCUCCUACGGCUGGUACCAACGGGCCCCCAAAGCGCAAGCGGACUUGCAAGGCCGGCGAAGACCCCGACUUGAUCGUCACUACUAAACGUGUUCGUAAGCCAGCACCAAGCAAGGAGAUCGAGGCCACAGUGAUCGCGAGAAAGGGCAAGGAGAACAAGUAA